CAGCGGAGAGUGAGACAUCAAGCUCGUAUCCCGGGGGAGGUUCUUCAGAGUGUUCUGGCAGGGGAAGAGCGUAUAUAGCACGCACCAGGUCUCACUCCCUCCACCCCCAAGUCUUUAUUUCUUUUUCACCCCCGAUCAACCGACCAGUCAGCCGAACACCCACAGUUCUCUUACCCGUUGCCCGUACCAUUGUACUCGUACGUCCUCGCCCGCUCGCUGUAGGCCGUUUCCCAGACAUUAGGAAUGUCACGCUUUCAUAUUGCUACUCAUGUGCUCCCCGCAUCUCACCUGCGGGGCUUUCCCCGGGGCUCCGUUUCCGCCACGGAUCCCCCCCAACUGAAGCUUGCUGUGAACAAGUAUACUCCAAGGUCAAAUGCUGGAACGUCAGAGCAGUCCAGGGAUGCCACCAUUAUAUUUUGCCACGCGAAUGCGGUUCAAAAGGUAUUUUAACCUUGUCUCAGGACUGGCGGAACGUGACGUGAUUGGGCGCUGACAACGGAGGCUAGGAGCUUUAUGAACCCUUCUUCGAUCAUCUGUUGGUGGAGUAUGAAAAAUCUGGCUUGAGGAUAAGAUCGAUUUGGGCUCCUGAUGCUGCUCACCAGGGUGCUUCAGGAGUGCUAAAUGAGGAGGUGAUUGGAGAUGAGCGUGAGCUCUCCGCCACCGUUCGAUAGGCUAUUAUAUGGUGGAGAGCUAAUUGUUUGCAGCCUGCUGGUAUGACUUCCCCAGAGAUGUGCUGCAUGUGGUCAACCAACGACCCCAAGAUUUCCCACCCCCGGUAAUCGGAAUAGGGCACAGCUAUGGCGGUCAUGCUAUGUGAGAAUUUCAAUAUCCCCCUAAAUGCUCUUCGAGAGCCUCAUGGCCCCGAUAGCAAAUCCCCAGCACAUGAGCUGACGACGAAUCCAGUGCUCGUAUCUCCUUGAUCCACCCCUCCCUCUUCGCUUCAAUCCUCCUCCUAGACCCAAUCAUACAAGACAAGUCCCUAUUCCCAUCCCCGCACCCCUCUUUCCUAUCCGCAAAACGACGAGACAUCUGGCCAUCCAUGGUCGAAGCAGAGAGAUACGUCCGUUCCCGACCAUUCUACAAAACCUGGGACCCCCGGGUGUUAGAAAUCUACCUCGUAUGCCCCCCCCCCCCCUUUUUUUUUUCCGGGAACCUCGAAAAUAUACUUCUAACGGCUAACAAUAUAUAGAAAGUCGGCUUCCGCCCCCUCCCCACACCGAUCUACCCCGAUAAAGCCGGGGUAACCCUCACCACAACAAAACACCAAGAAGUCUACACCUUCAUCCGCCACGACAAGUCUUUCCAAAAUGGCCCCCAGCUAGGAAGAGAUGAGCCCAGCGCAACAUUAGAAUUAAUGCCGCUCAUAACACCACCAUUAAUGUAUCUCACUGGGGAAAAUUCGUACGCCUGCCCACCGCACCGGAUGAAGCACAGGUUGCAAUUGACGCCCGGGGCGAUGCUGGAGAUUGUGGAGAAGGGGUAUCACUUGUUUCCGUUGGAGAUGCCGGCCAAGUCGGGUGAGUUUUCUUUUGCCAUGGGGUUGUCGAGAGUUGGAGGGGGGGACAGUGGGAGCUAACGAUCUGGAUAGCCGAAUUAGCAGCACCCUUUCUGAUAGAGAGUAUUAAGCGAUGGGGGAAGGAGGCUGAGAAAGAUGUUGCGACUCCAAGGCAUAAAACCCUGACGGUGGAUUUUCACGAGAGGCUGUCAAAGCUGUAGAUUUGUUCUUCGCGGAGGCGCUGGCGGACCGGACGCGGCAUAUACACACAGGAGGAUGGAUGUGGGGUACUGUACUUGUACGGUACUUGCAAUGGUCCAGUGCUUGUCUUAGACUAGAUUACGCCAAGUCCGUCCAUCUGCAGUCGACGGGAGCUAGAUGGCGCUAAGCCCACCCGCUCGAAUUAGCCUAUUGUAACGCUCCGUUUUGUUUCUGGAAUUCCACAGGAUCACAAACGAGAAGCGCGUGUCUUUACAAGUACUAUACACAAUAAUAGUAGACUGGAGACUUUUUUUUUUUUACAUCGUUCCUCAUUGUGUCUGCUUACCUGCGUUUUCGCGUCCGGUUUUGCCCAUCCAAGUUGCCCAAGCGUGUUUUCCGUCUCAAAGACUGGCAAUAAUACUCGAGCAGCCAUCUGAACACUCACCACCAAUCACUCGCACAAUCAAAUACCUCCUCCUCCCCCUCCUCCUCCGUUCCUUGCCCAUCCUGCUAAGUCUAUGAUACAUUCCCAAAUCACGUACAUCCGUCACCAGUACGGGAUAUGGAUAUAUAUAUAUAUGUAUAAAAAGUUUCGACCACCAUACAAUUUAUUCCAUGUCGUGUUAGAACCCCCAUGAUGCGGUGGGUUGUGAUGGUGAUGAUGAAUUGGCCCUCCCGCCCCGUAUUCAAAUUUAAGUUUACGGUGUGGAUGGACAUCUCUGUGGCGUGGCGUGGCGAACCACAAAGGAACGGAAGGAAGGAAGGAGGGAAGGAAGGAAGGGAUAUCCUCCUCUCGACAACGCCUCAAUUUAACAGUGUAUGGUUACUGUAUUGUAUGAUACUACCGGUAGUAGUCUACUUGUAGACUAAGAGUUUCCCUUUCAACUGCCAGCCACUGACCGACCCAGCGGAGCGAAUCCGGACCGGAUUUUCACCUAUCAUACGAUACAGGUAUGAUACAGUAUACUGUAUACCGUAUGU